AUGACAACGGCCGAUGCCGAAAGACCUGUUGGCAGCGGCAGCAGCACCAGCAGCAGCUCAACUGCCAAUCAACGGGGUGUCAGUCGCGUACUUGCAAAGUUAUCCCAUUCGUUGGCGGAGGGAGAGUUUUAUGAAGCACACAUGAUGUAUCGAACGUUAUAUUUUCGUUAUACUGCCCAGAAACGUUACCAGGACUGCUUAGAUUUGCUAUUUGACGGUGCACAGAAACUCAUCGAGAAGGAGCAGGAAGGCAGCGCUGCGGAUUUGUGUUUAUUGCUGGUGGAUACCCUAGAGAAGCGUGGCCCGCGACCGGAGGACACGGACAAUUUCGAAUGGGUGCCUCGCUUUGGUGCAUUAAUACGUGGAUUGAGCGCAACUACAGUGGAGCGCGAGACGCUGAUCCAUCGCGUUGUGAAAUGGAGCACCACUGUGCACGGUCAGUUCGGUCAUCCGGUCUUGCACAAGCUUAUUGCGCAUGUGUUCUGGACAGAGGGAAACAUUGAGUCGGCACGCCACCACUAUUUGCUCUGCCAGGAUGGUAGUCUUUGCGGGCGCGUGCUGAUUGAAAUAAGCCAGAGCAAGGGCUUCCACAAAGAAGUUGAUUUGUUUUUGGUGCAGGCGGUGCUGCAGCAGCUAUCAUUGAAGGAUCGCAAAACGGCAGAUGACAUGUUUAGCGAGUAUACACGAUACCAUCCAAAAGUACUGAGGCACGAGUUUCCCUACAAGGAGCCAUUGAUCAAUUUCCUGUACUUCUUGUUUCGACUUAUCGAUACGAAGAGCGUGAUGGGCUUUCGUGCUCUGCGCAAGCUGUACGAUCCUUCCCUGAAGCGAGACGCUUCCUUUCACAAAUACCUAACGAAAAUUGGUGUCAUAUACUUUGAUGAGCAACCGGAGCAGGUGCAUGCUGGAACCUCCGGGCUUGGUGGCAUGUUUGGCGACAUCUUCAAUCAGCUGAUGCAGGGUUUCGAUGACGAAGAUGAGGUGCAAAGUAGACCACAGCGACAGCGACAAAACGCAAACAGUGAACUGGACUAGCAGCAAAUGCCGUGGCCGGAUUAGCAGUCCGCGAAGUCAACGGGGUUCAUUGAUACUUAUAUUCACACCGGGGCUUUGUUUGUAAUGUUAUUAUAUAUUUGCUAAAUUAAAACCUUACUGGCAUUUGCAGUAAUAGGCACAAAUGA